AUGGCCCAGGCAAACCUCACCUUCGUGACCGAAUUCCUCCUGAUCGCCUUCACUGAGCAUCCCGAACGGGCGCUCCCUCUCUUCUUCUUGUUCUUGUUUAUCUAUCUCACCACUCUGUGGGGGAACUUGGGUAUGAUCGCUGUGAUCCGUGCGGAUCGCCGUCUGCACACCCCGAUGUACUUUCUCCUGAGUCACCUCUCGUUCAUGGACAUCUGCUACUCGUCCGUCACCGUGCCUCAGACCAUGGCUGUGCUGCUGCAGCACGGGGCCACCCUAUCCUACGCCCGCUGUGCUGCUCAGUUCUUCCUCUUCACCUUCUUUGGCUCCAUCGACUGCUACCUCUUGGCCCUGAUGGCUUAUGACCGCUAUGUGGCUGUGUGCCAACCCCUGCUCUACGUGAGCAUCAUGACCCAGGGGACUCGAUUGGGGUUGGUGGCCGGGGCUUACCUUGCGGGUCUCUCCAGUGCCUCUGUGCGCACAAUCUCAGCGUUCACGCUCUCCUUCUGCGGAAGCAACGAGAUCGACUUCAUUUUCUGUGACCUCCCGCCUCUGCUAAAGCUGACCUGUGGGGACAGCUACACCCAGGAAGUGGUGAUCAUCGUCUUCGCCAUCUUUGUCAUCCCCGCCUGCAUGGUGGUGAUCUUGGUGUCUUACCUGUUCAUCGUUGUAGCCAUUAUGAAGAUUCCUUCCGUGGGAGGCCGGGCCAAGACCUUCUCUACCUGCGCCUCGCACCUCACCGCGGUGUCCCUCUUCUUUGGUACCCUCAUCUUCAUGUACCUCAGAGAUAACUCGGGCCAGUCCUCAGAAAAGGAUCGGGUGGUGUCGGUAUUCUAUACGACCGUGAUCCCCAUGUUGAACCCCCUCAUCUAUAGUCUGAGGAACAAGGAAGUGAAAGACGCUCUCAGGAAAAUGCUUAAUAGAGUCAGACUCUCCUAA